CAGUCCAGUCCAGCAGUAAUCCUUGGUUCAGUCACUCGGUGUCUCUCAGUGAGGAAUGUUACUAGUGUGACCGGAGUGUGUUUGUCAGUAUGACUGCAAGUGCUUUCUCGUGAUCGUGGUAGUGGUGGCCAUGGCAUCCAUCGGUGCGUGUCACGACGUCGAGAUUUAGAGUGUCGACAUGGUUGUGGUCGUUUUACAAUGGGUGGCACUAUAACAACAGAUGCUGCCCGCAACUCAUUACUCUUUUUACUUCUAUUGCUUUUGUUCGGGAUGUUGAUUCACGCGACUAAUAUGGCGGCAGCGGCACCUACAACAUCGUCGCCGUCACCAGACGUCUCCAUCUGUAUGCGAGAAGGCUGCAAUUGCACCAACGCCGCCCCCCACUGGCUAACUGUCACAUGUUCCUUCGACAGCAAACAGACAGUGGAACUGGACGCUGGCUCCAUUCCGCCGGAGAUGCUGGAGCUGAAUGUCACGCGGUGUCGCGGAGAGCUACGCCUGUUGGCCGGCACAUUCUCGCAGGUGUGGGCGUUGCAGCGGGUGCGUCUCAGCGACGUGGAGCGUCUGGUGGUGCGGCGCCACGCAUUCCUCAACCUCUCGGCCCCGCACACGCUGCUCGAGGUCGUCGACUGCGGCAGCGCCGUCGUGGAGACGCACGCCUUCCGGGCCGUCCGCGGUCCUCUCACUGCCGUCAUCUCUCGCUGCGCCCACGUCAUCGUGCAGAACUCUGCCUUCUCCUGGAUCCUCGCCAUCACCGUCAAGGAUGUCCCGCGACUCGAGCUGUUCAAACAAGCCUUCUCCUUCGAGACUCCAACCACGGUCGGGCGCCAUGGACCAGCCGCAAUGGUAAGAAGCGAACCCACGUUGAGAGGAAUCGAAGUCCUCACAGACUAGAAUCUGGGUUAGCUAGCGACAGCGUGAUACUAGUAUACGGUCCAACUAGGGAUCGCACGCAAAUUCUGCGGAGUUUCGCGAGGUGGACGGAAAAAUCAAGAACCAACAGCCAAUUUUCAAUGACUGAACAUACCAAAUGGGAUUUCAGUUUCUCACGGCGGCCAAUAUGAAGAUGACUGUCUUCUGGGAUGCUGCGCCGUGCAGUAUGGUAGUAGUUUACCGACGUUUCAGAGGUGCUUACUGCCUCCAUCAUGAGCAAGCCGCGCGCACCGGUAAACUUCAGUUAAGUUCUACCAUAGUACACGGCGCAACAUCCCAGAAGAGUUUUUCUUGAAUAUAUAUGAUGCGUCGGAGAAAGAAAACAUGCAACUGACUUGGUCAAUUUCAUUCCUAAGAAUUGCUGUACAUAACUUAUGUUAUUCUGCGGAAAGUGAUUUUAAUAUAUGUUUGUAUAUUA